AUGGAGCAAGAUAAGAAAUGUAUUGGGAUUGAAAAGACCCAAGAGAACGUUUUGAAACAUUUUGAGACAGUAUUAGGUGAUAAAUACAAAGAAUAUGAAUUCAGCUUCUGUCAACAUAACAGCUUAUUCUAUAUUAACCCUGUAGAGAAAAGGGAAAUGGAUGUAUUGGAAAAGGAUAGCUUGUUAGAGAAGGCUAUUGAUACGAUGCCGCAUAGGUGCAUGGUAUGUUUGGAAGACAAUGUCUUUUAG